AUGAAGGAUGGAAAAUGUAAGAAACAUUUUCCAAAGUUGUUACUCGAAUCUACAUUUUUCGAUUCUGAUGGUUAUGUGCGUUACAAUCGUUCUUCAGCAGCUAAACACACAACAACACGUGGGAUUCCCAUAGAUAAUGGGUAUAUCGUACCCUAUAACAGAAGGUUAUGUUCUCGGUUUGAUGCACAUAUUAAUGUUGAGUAUUGUGGGUGGAACAUGAUGAUAAGGUAUCUCUUCAAAUACAUUUCUAAAGGAGCAGAUCGUGUUAGAUAUGCACUCCAAAAAACUAAAACAGAUGAUACAGCUAGCCCAAGUGUUGUCACAAAUAAUAAUAAUGUGGAUGCAAAACGAAAAGAAUCUUCGUUCAUAAAUGAAAUUCAGAAUUUCUUAGAUGGAAGAUACAUCUGUUCACAUGAGGCGGCAUGGCGUAUUCUUGAUUUUCACAUGUCAAUCUAUGAAACCAUUAUUGGAUAUAUUGAAAAUAAGAAACAGAUAUUUAUGUUUUACUAUGGUCACGGUGGUACAGGAAAAACAUUUCUAUGGACUACGAUUCUUUCUUAUUUUAGAUCGAUUGGGAAAGUGGUUCUGGCUGUUGCUACAUCUGGAAUCGUAUCAUUGCUACUUCCAUCUGGAACAACCGCAUAUUCAAGAUUUAAGAUUCCAAUAGAUCUGACAAACAAAAAAUCUUGUGAUAUAAAAAAGAGAACGAUGUUAGGUGAUCUCAUGUGUCAUACAUCACUUAUUGUAUGGGAUGAAGCACCAAUGAGUGACAGAAGAUGUUUUGAAUUUCUCGACAGACAAACGCUUCCAGUCGUCCCAAAAAGCACACGCUCUGAGAUAAUAGCGCUUACACUGCCAAAUUCAUAUCUAUGGGCCCUUUUCGAAGUUAUGAUGCUUACGGAAAAUAUGUGUUUGCUUUCAAACACAGAUGCCGAAACACACACAAUAUCAAUAAUAGAUUUUGCACGUUGGAUCCUGAACAUUGGAGAUGGUUUGCUUGGAUGUCCUAAUACAGAUGAUCCGGACAACACAUCUUGGGUUCAAAUUCCAGAAUCACUGUUGAUACCAUCCGAACCGAGUGCGUUGAAAGAUCUUAUACAGUUUGUGUAUGGAGAUUGUAUACUCACCCACCCAAUAGCCAUAGAUGUUUCACAAAGGGAAAUUGUUUGUCCAACAAAUGAAGUGGCAGAUAAGAUAAACAACAUCGUCCUAAAAGCUAUCACAAAUUCCGGUGUAGUAUAUAACACUACAGAUUCAAUGUAG